AAUGUUGGUAUGUGUGCAUCUUUAAUGGCGGACUGUCAUGGACAAGACAAUUAACCUUCGUGUGCGUAAAAUAGCUGUGAAUUACUUGACCAAGUGAGCGACUGUCAGUUUUUGAAGCAGGACCUCCCUAUAUGAAAUUUGUUUUGAAACCAGGAGUUUGCCCGGAAGUACUGAGAAAUGCCACAAACUGUCACGUGACAUGCAGGAAUUCGAACCCGGGGUAUUCAGAAUAUGAAGCAGCAGUUGUUAUGACGACGCUGAGUGAUGAAUAUUCUGCCACUGCUCAGAUUCGCGUAUUUUACUUAAAUUCUUUCUAUGAAAAUGGUGUGCAAGCCACGGCAUUGUUUACGUCGUUUGAGUAAACAGGCAAAUGUUUUGAGUGAACACGUGACCAAAAUAACCGAAGUUGUGUCGGAGUUCAACAGUGGAAGCGUCUCUCCCUUCCCCUUCAGCUGCCAUAGUUUAUUUGGUGCUUGGCUCGUUCAACUUGACAGGAUCAGUGCGACACAUAGCUCAAGACAUACGCUAUAAUCACACAAUUACGAUAUUAAUACCAUUUCGUAGCGCUGUUUAUCAGAACGUUGCUGUGCUUACUACAACGUAAAGUCUAAUGAGGCAAAGUUAUUCAUGAAUAUUGAAUUACAAGGGCUAAUGAUUAGUACGGUUGGGCCUUCGAAUCGAUACUUCGACAUCUUAAGUCUAAUACGGUCUGGACGUGGAGGUGACAUUGGUUUAUUCAUUAGUGUCCAAUUGAAGUGAGGGUAGUGUUCGUGUUUGUACACUAAUGUCUGGUUGAAGAGUGGGUAGUGACGAAGUGUUUGUGUGUGGUAAAGAACACUAAUUAGACUAUGGCCAGGAUUCAAGGAGUCAUUUUCGUUCUGGCUGUCGUGAGCAGCUUCUGCUCCUGGUCUGGGAUCGCCCCAUCAAACACAGAAGCCAGCUUACUGCAGACUAUUGUAUCGUGGAUUAACCCAGAACAGCGAUUAUGGGACGAUCUUCUGAGCAGAAUAGUUCAUUUCCAGCGAUUAGGAAGGAAAUCAAUUUGCUAUGAGGCGCUGGGCUGUUUCCACGUCCGGGGUCUGCUGUCCCACGUGCGUCGGGUGCCAGAUGACCCGCGAAUUCUCCAGACGGAGCUGUGGAUCUGCACUCGUCGAAGCCCGGAACCCGUUGACUCCGCAACGCAGCUCGUCACCUACGACAAGAGAUCUCUAGAAGGCUCUGUGUUCGAUCCUGGACUGCCCAUCAAAGUGAUAGUUCACGGCUACAGGGGUCGGUUCAAGUCGCCCUACAUCAUGGCCGCCAAGGAUGCCAUCUUGAAAGCGGAAGACGUCGCCGUGGUCCUGGUGAACUGGCAACUGGCGUCCAGCGGCUCGUACCUGAGGUCCGCGUCCAACGCUGAGCUCGUAGGGCGUCAGGCCGGCAGGACGCUGAUAUCCAUGGCGUCCAUGGGGACACGCCCCUCCGAUAUUCACGUGAUUGGGUUCAGCCUCGGUGCGCAGGUUGCAGGCUUCAUUGGAGAGACGUUUAAGAGCAAUAACAUGAAACUUGGCAGGAUCACCGGACUGGACCCGGCGUCCUUCCUGUUCGAGUCAUGGACGCUACCCGCGUAUCGCCGUUUGGACCACACCGACGCGGAUUACGUGGAGGUCAUCCACACGGACGGCAGUCGCGUCUGGUCUGACGGCUUCGGACUCCUGGCUCCCGUCGGACACGUCGACUUCUUCCCGAACGGCGGCGUGGACCAGCCCGGUUGCCGAGACAGCUACAUCGGCGCCCUGGCCUUCAGGAUAAAUCAGAACGCGAACUCGUCAGAGGUGUGCAGCCACGGCCGGGCCUGGAAUAUCUUCCUGGAGACUCUUACGUCAGAGCAGUGCCAGUUCCUGGGAUUUCCUUGCCCAGGACUACGAGAUUUCCGACAGGACUUUCUGCACGGGAACUGCUUCCGGUCAUGUGACGACGGCGUCUCAACCUGUGGGGUCAUGGGGCAGAUGGGGACGGCUCGCGGUGCCCUCUACUUGGUGACCAGACCCACCGGGCCGUAUUGUGGUCAGCAGCUGAAAGCCUCGGUGUGGAUUUCGCCCCGGACUCUGCUAACGCGGGGCGUUCUUCAGAUGAGAGUGUACCACAGGGCUACCACUACAGACUUCACCCUCACCCUCCCGUCGCGGGUGGCGAUUGAAGGCGGUCGCGAGGUGUCUGCUGUGGUGGCAGCACUGCCCGGAGCUGUGAGCGCCCGAAACACCCCCAGCGUGAGGGCGACAAUCACAUUUACCCCUUCAGGGGGGAUGACGCGCAUUGGGGGGCCACAGCAUCUCUUCCUGGACCGCAUCUCGCUUAUGGAUCACCACGGUAACAGUUGGCAACACUGCGGGAAAAACUUGCUGCUGGAGGACAAAAUUGGAACAUCGUCGGACAACAUAACAGUUCAGUUGCAUCAGACACCAUGCUCAUUGUAACGUAGACUCAGAAACGUCUUCGAUAAAAAAAAAAUAUAAUUUUGAACCACGGAAUAAAGGAAUCGAAAGUUUAUUACUGAAAUGUUUAAUUCCAGUACGUUUUGCGUCAGUCUGUAAAGAAAUAAACCCUUGUUGCACUAAUUGUAAUUUUUAGACUGGACGUAUAAACGUAACUAAUCUUUCAAUA